AGAUGGAAAGUCUGUAAAAUGGAUAGUUGAAAGUGCUUUUGCCGACUGUGAAUAAAAUCAUUUGUGAAACGUUUUGCCGCUUGACGGAUGAAGUUAUUUUAUGAGAUUUCAAAACUUUCGUCUAAAAACAGUUUACAAACUUAGUUUGUUUGAUGGGUAGUGAUAACAGUGCAUUAAUAUUAAGUUUUCUACCAAAAAUUUGGAAAAAAGUCUGAAUUUGACUGUAUCAAAUUCCAUUGGCUUACCUUUAUAGAUGUUGAAGUAUAGUGCAAUGUGAUCACGUAAUGGCGGGUAAGGCGUUACAGUGGAAAUUGGUGGCGAAUCCUACUGGACCUCAGCCCCGUCCAAGACAUGGACAUCGUGCAGUUGCAAUUAAAGACUUAAUGGUAGUCUUCGGGGGCGGUAAUGAAGGAAUAGUUGAUGAACUUCAUGUUUAUAACACAGCAACAAAUCAAUGGUUUGUUCCUGUAACAAAAGGGGAUGUACCCCCAGGAUGUGCUGCAUAUGGUUUUGUAGUUGAUGGAACUAGGCUCUUGGUUUUCGGAGGAAUGGUAGAAUAUGGAAAAUAUAGUAAUGAACUGUAUGAAUUGCAGGCUUCCAAAUGGGAAUGGAAAAAAUUGAAGCCAAAGCAACCAAAACUGGGACCUCCUCCUUGUCCAAGAUUGGGGCACAGUUUUACUUUAGUAAAUUCAAAAGUGUACCUGUUUGGUGGUUUGGCUAAUGACAGUGCUGACCCCAAAAACAAUGUUCCCAGAUACUUGAAUGAUCUUUAUACAUUAGAUAUUCGCAGUAAUCCUGUGCAAUGGGAUAUCCCUCAGACAAAUGGGCCAGCUCCUCCUCCUAGAGAAUCUCACACUGGAGUGGCUUAUAUUGAUAAAAAGAAGGGACGUUCAUUUUUAGUUAUUUAUGGCGGUAUGAGUGGAUGUAGAUUAGGAGACUUGUGGAUUCUAGAUACAGAAACGAUGACUUGGGUGAAGCCACAAGUAUCUGGAAUAACUCCUCUUCCAAGAUCUUUGCACACAUCUACUCUAAUUGGUCAUAGGAUGUUUGUUUUUGGAGGUUGGGUUCCACUUGUAGCAGAUGAAGUAAAAACUGCUACUAAUGAAAAAGAAUGGCAGUGCACAAGCACAAUGGCUUGUUUAAAUUUAGAAACAAUGAAUUGGGAUGAACUGGAUAUUCAAGUCGAAUCGGAAGCUAACUUACCAUGUGCCAGAGCAGGUCAUUGUGCAGUAGGGAUUAGCACUAGACUCUACAUUUGGUCAGGCCGAGAUGGAUACCGAAAAGCAUGGAAAAAUCAAGUAUGCUGCAAAGAUUUGUGGUACCUCGAAGUAGAUGUUCCUCCAGCACCUACUAGAGUAGCAUUGGUUAAAGCAGGAACCCAUAGUCUUGAAGUUAACUGGACAGGCUCUCCCUCAGUUCAGCAUUACAUUUUACAGAUUCAAAAAUAUGAUUUACCUCCACCUCAGUCCUCUUCUACUCCAAAGCUUCCACCAGCAUCUUCUCUAGCAAGUACCAACCAAACAUUUUCGCCUCUAGUGAACACGUCUUCAAGCAAUCCACCUACACCCACAAUUGUGAAAACAGCUCCAGUAGUCAACCAAAUACUUUCACCAAAAAAUGUUUCACCACUUGCAAAAGGACCUCCAGUUAAGAUUCAAAAUACUGCUGGUACUAUAAUUCGUCAAACAAGCCCGCAGGUAGCCGGAAAACAGUUGAUCGUAAAACAGGGUGGAAAUAUUAUACAAAAAGCUGGUGUUCAGCAACAAGUUGUCACUUUGGUUAAAACUAGCACAGGUAUGACAUUGGCAACUUUGCCAAAAGGGGGUAAUAUUGUACAAGGUAAAACUGUCUUACCUCAGCAACCUAAAAACACUAUUGUGAAAAUUGUUCCCAGUAAUCCAGCCAACAAAGUGCUCACAACUCUAAAAACUAUUCCUUCAAAUAUGUUGCAAAUGAAUAAAACAACUGGAAAAUUGGUUCUUUCAAAAGGAGCUGCAGGACAAAUUCCAACAAUAGGUAACCAGCAAGUAUUGGUAGUUAGCUCUAAUGCUGGUUUAAAAAAUAUACAAACGUUUACCAAUGCCCAAGCAGUUAAUUUAGGUAAUGUAAAAACUACUUCUAUUAACGCUCAACCAGUUGUUACUGCUUCAUCUCUAACCAGCCUACAGGGUGUUAAAAUUGGUGGAAAACCUAUAACUAUUUCUAUGCCCAUGCAAGUUGUAGGAUCUCCAAAGACAGUUACACUUUCUAAAAAUACAAAACAGGUAAUGAUUGGAGGCAAGCAAGUUACAGUUCAAAUGGCUACUGGGGGUAACAAAACCUUGACAUUGGUGCAACCUAAUCAAGCUGGUGUGAGCAAGAUAGUGCGAUUACCUAUCAGUUCAACAAUUAAUCAAUCAAAUAGUGUAGAACAACCUAAAUUGAUGGUUGUAUCAAGACCCAAACAACCCACUGCUACCAUAGCCUCAACGUCAUUCGACGGUCCAGCUACAACAGAUGCUGCCUUAGCGGCUUUAGCAGCAGAGGCGGGUCUUAUAGAUCCAGAGCCAGAAAAACUUGGGUCCAUAAAAACGACAGAUGGAAAUGAAACUGAAAGCACUGAUAAGUCAUCAAUUGAUUUAUCUGAUGAGGCAGGCAAUUCACAAGAUCCCAUUUCUGUAACACCAAUGGAAACCACAGCAGGACUUUUGGGAGGUGGUUUCAUUAUGCCAAAACUUGGACUAAAAGGUGGUUCAAAAAUACAGAGACCUCCUAAAGGAUUUAGGUAUCGGCUAGGAUUAUAUGGUGGUAGUAAAGAUGAAUUAGAUAAUGAAAUGAAACCUUCCACAACUACAGCAGAAGCUGAUUCUACAGAAGCUGCUGUCAAUGGAGCACUGAAACAAGCCGAAACAGAGGAGCGUGAAAAAAUGGACUGUGAUGUGGAAGGUAAACCAGAUUUAACAGAUGAAAAAAAUGAAGACCCUGAUAUCAGUUCUGAAGAAAACAUGGAGAACAACGAUACAAAUUCAGAAUCAUCAAAAAUGGAAGCUGAUAGUGGAUUAGAGUCCACUUCUGAAUCAAACAUUUUAAAACCUGAAGAAACGCCUGAAGAACUAAAAAAAGAAGAUACUCCAAGUGAAGAUCCUUUAGCUGCAUUAGCUUCGGCUGCUUUGGAUCAUUCUAAAGAAAUUAAAAAGACUGAAAAUAAUAAUGUGAAUGACCCUGAGCUUCCCGCUAAAGACACUUGGUAUACUGUUGGUUUUAUUAAAGGAAGUAGUUGUGAUGUACAAAGUUACUUUUUAUUAAACGACAAUACUGCUGAUCUGUCAUUAGACAAUUUACCUGAAACUCUUAACUAUCCAUCGAUCAAUUUGGAACCAGGGACUGCUUACAAAUUCAGAGUGGCUGGAAUCAACUCCGUUGGUCGAGGCGAAUGGAGUGAGGUAUCCGCGUUUAAGACAUGUCUACCUGGUUUCCCAGGGGCACCCUCUGCAAUCAAAAUCGCCAAGUCCGGAGAUGGCGCUCAUCUUUCUUGGGAACCACCAAGUGCCAAUCAAGGAGAAAUUCUUGAAUAUUCUGUCUAUUUGGCUGUGCGAGGAAAGGAUAAGGGAAAUCCUCCUGGUCAAUUAGCAUUUGUAAGAGUGUAUUGUGGGCCAAGCAAUCAGUGUGUUGUGAGUAACACUUCCCUAUCUGCCGCCCACUUGGACACAACGACCAAGGCUGCAAUCAUUUUUCGUAUUGCUGCUAAAAAUGACAAAGGAUAUGGACCUGCCACUCAGGUUAGGUGGUUACAAGAUCCUCAAUCAACCAACAAGGCCACAAAACGUCUACCCGAAUCACAACAACAAAGUGUUAAAAAAAUUAAAUAUGAUAAAGAUGAAAUGUAAAAAUAUAGGGACAAGUGUGAUACGUAAAUGAUGCUUAGUGUUGAGUCAAAUGGAAAAUUUAUUUGUUGAUUAACUUGACGAAAGUUUAAGGUUGGAAUCGAAAAAGUCUCUAGUUGGGUGUAAAAUUUACUAUUAACAUUUACGAGUGUUUUACAACUUUGAGCGAUUCAUUCCACCAGAAAAAAGUAUAAUUUCAUUCAAAGCUUUUAAUUUUAUUGAAUGUAAUUUCCGAGAAAUUGUUUAUUAUUUUAAUAUGAUUUUGUAUAGUAUUUUCUAUUUCUACAAAUCCAUUUAUGGCAACUUUACAAGCUUGUGUUAUUUUUUUAAAUGUAUUUAAUCUGCUUGUUCAAUCCUCAUCCGUACCUAUAGAAUCGUUUUAAUAUUUCAUUUUUUUAAUAUACAAACUUUAUACAGACACUUUAUGAUGAAUAAAUAAUUUUUACAACUCCAUUGAAAAAUAUUUAUCCACUAAAUCAUUUUGAUAUGGUCAUAACGAUGGUAAAUAUCAGAAAAGGUUUUGGGGAAAACUUGCAAAGCAUAAUCGAUAAUUUCGAUAUUUUGAUUGUGGAAAUUUUGAUAUAUUUAUAAAUAACAUUGAGUCCUUCAUUUAUUUUAUUAAUCACAGUGCAAUCGAUUCUUACAAAUCGGUAUAGUCUAUUACGUUGUAUUAUUGUACCUUCUGAAGGUAUUUUUAUAUGUUCACCGUCGGUCUCAAACUUUUUAACUUUUCAUUUACAUUACAUGCCUUUCUCCCCGGUUAGGAUGUAUUUUAUUGAAGUAACAGUACAACGGAAUCUGAAUAGUAAGCAUAUAAACGGAUAUACGUAUAUACGAUGUUUGCUCUAAAAUUGAAGUUGAAUAAUAACUUUAUAUUAAUAAUUAAACAGAUAUUACAAUAUGGUAUCCUUCAAAAUACUCUCUCUGAGACAAGAUGUACUUCUGCCAACGCAGUUUAUUAUAUUGUUGAAAGUCUUUUCAGUUUUGAUGCUGUUCAGUUGUGGUGUCGUUUCUGCCUUGAUGGCUUCCACAUCUUUCAAAUGUCGUCACCUAAGUACCAUUUUGCAUUUCGGAAACUUGAAGUCACAAAGAGGUAAAUCGGGGGAAUAAGGCGGGAGGUCUGUCGCGGUUCAAAAACUGAAUGAGCGACGUGGGAGCGGGCGAAUUUUCGUGAUUCACCUGCCCCCUUGUGCCAAGUUCAGUCGAACUUGAUCCACACGCGCUCUAAAACAUCUCACAAAUUCAACGUAAAAAUUUCCGUUCACUCUCUGGCCGGGAGAUUUGAGCUUCACAUCGAAUUCGUAAAACCAAGACUCGUAUCCAGUGAUGACUCUGUUGAGGAAGUCCCCUCUUUCUUCUGCUUCGAACCAAUCGUCACACGAAUCUCAACCAUAUUUGCUUUCUGCUCUGGAGUAGGAUUUUCGCACACAAGUUUUUCAUUCCAAAUUUUUUGUCAGAAUUUCGUGAACGAUUAUUUCGGGGAUUAACAGCUCGUCAACUAUCAUCCCAACUGUCAAUUUACGGUCUUUUAGAACACAAGUUUGCAUUCGAACAUUUUUACUAGAACUCUAUGUCGAAGGGCGUCCUAGGCGAGCCUCCUUUCAUCUAUUUUCGGCCUUCCCGGAACCUCUUUAACCACUUGUUAACGGUUGGUUCCUUCAGAGAAUUGUCUGCGUAAACUUAUUUCAAACAUUCACGGCAAUUUUUGCACAGCUUUGCAUGAAACGUGAUGAUGUGCUGUUUCUCAAUCAAGGAGAGCUCCCUGCUGACGGCAGGUGAAACAGAGUAACUUUCAACAAGUAGCCGCUCACUCCUACUUACACACAGAGCGCUCUAAUGCAGCAGUGCAACCUGUAAAAUAAAGUUAUUAUUAAAUUUUAAUACGUAUUCUCCAAUAUACGGAUUUCUGUUAGUAUGUAUCACUUAUUUGGUAUCAAUAUAGUUGAAUCUUACUCUGAAAUUUCUUAUUCUACAUCAAAGUUCACAAUUAUAUUAUCUGAUCCUUCGAGCUGGACGGGAAACAGCGACCUAUGCCAGGCUCUAAUGACCAGUCAUUGUGAUCCUUGGUACAAUAAUAGAAAAAAUCAUCAAUGUUUCAGAAAUUCCAAUAAUUUUUUCGUUAGACAACUGUGCUUAUAUUAACCCAUUAAUGCCCAACACUUUUUUUUCAAAAUCUUUUUUAAUUGAUAUUGUUUCAAAAUGGUAUUGAGUAAAUAAAUCAUCAUCAAUGGAGUUACGUCCAAGCAUCCAAAGUUGCUUCUGAUCAAUUAAGGAGUGAUUACUACCAAACAAUUCAGGAUUUAAAUCGGAUAAUGAUAUCAAAUAGUCUUGAAAUUUAUUUUUAAAAAUCUACAGUCUGAAUUAAAAUUUAUUUUAAUAUAUUCUGAAAGUGUUUCUCCUAAAGUGAAAAAUCUAUAUUUUUUUUAGUUGAUAGUACCAAUAAAACGUUUCCGGUGGAGUGAAAUAUUUCAUUAUAUUUAAUUUCAUUUUUCACUAUUAAUUGAUCUAACCAAUCCAAACCAAGCUGAAAUCUCCCUGUAUAAGCUAGGUGUGGUUCAUGACCUAUAUGUGGGUAUGAAUUGGUCGAUCAAAUCGAUUCCUCCUAUAUGAACUAGAGUCAUUUGAAUAUAGAUUCUUUUAGAAUACCUAUUCGCGGAUUUUGGGGCCCUACACACAAUUAUCAAAACUGAAACGACAUUAUUGUUAUUUCAUUGGUACAUUCAAUUUCCCGUUGGAAAUCAUUUGACAUUUACCCCAUUCUUCUAAAGAAAAUUAAUGUUUAUAUCAUGUAGAGGUAGUUUUUUAUAAUUUACUUUAUUUUCACGUAAUGUCCCUAUUCCUACAUGACUUUUUUGUUAAGUUGAUAAAAGUUAUAUUCUCAAUUUCGAAAAUAUACUUUUUUUUUCACACAUUUUCGUUGUAAAAUUCAAUUCAGAUUGUAUAUAAUAAAGAUAUAGCAAAAUACGAAGUUUUUCAGUUUUUCCUGAAAAAAAAGCAGCAACUUUAGUUGCUUCAAAAUUUGAACAUAAUUUUUUGAACAUAGUAAAAGAAAGGAAUCGUAAAUAUGAGAAUAAUAGCUCUGUUAGAUGAAAAAAACUUUUCUUUUUAUAUAAUGAAAUCAAGCAGGUAACUGACAAAAAAAGAGUUACCCAAAAUAAAUUCUUUCACUAUGAGUCACAUGAUACUGUCGACUAAACUAUCUGUUGAUUUUUUUCCUUCAUCCUUUUAACGUUUUUCUUAAAACUGAAAAUUUUCUAUUUCUAGAAAAUUCUGAAUUGUCGUGCAACUUUGGUCACUAAUGGGUUAAGAAAAUUUAGAACUUAAUAUUCAGUAGUACCCCAUUUUUUUACUGAUCGUUAGAUAUUGACAUUAACAAUUGGUUAAGUAGGAGUCAAUCUAGCAUGAAGAAAUGCGAGUGAAUCAUUUUUUUGUAAAAUUUUUAAGGGGUAACAAGACUGUAAGCCUGAUUUUUGAAGAUCAUUUUUGGAAUUUUUUUUCAAAAAACUUUAUCAGAUACAAAAUCUAAUUAGAUGACUUCAUUAAAUAUGUUUUGAAGUAAUUAAAUUAAUUUUUACAGAGUGUUCAAAAACAAAAUGGCGUCAAUAUAGAGCUAUAAGCAUAAGAGGAAUUUUCAGAGAAGUUCCACUACAACCGACUUUUCUUAAUGUUUGAACUCAAAGCAAGAGAAGUUAUGUAGGGGUUUCAAAAACUAUCAAAAUUUAAGAAAAUGGCGGAAGUUCGAAAAAAAAUUUUUCGUAAAAAAAAUAAUGAAAAAUAGGUCAUAAAACAGAAAGUUUUCAAUUUAUUAUUAAAAUCCUACAUAGUUUGGUAGAACUAGAAGUUGUGGAUCAAAAUUGGCUGAAUAAUUGUGGCGGUAGUGUUGAAAAAUUGAUUUCGAGAAAAACGCGUUUAAAGUUUGAAAACGGGACGACUAGCGUCAAACUGACGCUACACUAACACAAAGACAGUUCAUUAUCUCACUAGUGCCACCCAUAGUUAGCCGUGUCUACUAUUUACUAGUAGAAAUAGUCGCUAAGGGAUAGGUGAGGGGGGUAAUCGAUAGACGCGCCGCGUUCACCCGAUCGUGCAAUAUACCUAGCGCCCGAUUCUCAUAACUGAGAGAAAAAUCUUUUUUUCGAAAAAUUAUUCGAGGGCGUCAUUUUUAACAUAAUUCCCUACCAUUUUAGUUAAAAAAAAGACAUUGACAUUUUACAGUAGUGUUACCCCUUAAAUAUAAUCUUGUACCCGCUAUAUUUUUAUUAUACUGGAGCUUUCUGUUAUUUUAUUCCAUUGAAGAUUUUUUUCAUAUUUUACAAUAUAGUGCAAGCGUCAGUAGUGAAUCGUUUGCAUUUUAUGAUUCAUGUAAUUUGAUAGUUUACUGAUUUCGUUCAUUUCUGCGCCUAUUUCUAUUCUAGUUAAUCUGUAAAGAAAAAUGUUUGAUAAAAUAAGAAUAGUGGUUGGUACACAGUGUGGUUAUCACAUGGUAAUAUUGUUUAGUUUUUUUGAAUUUUUGAAUGUCUUUAGCCAUCAGAUGAAUCUGUAUGUUCAUAUUUAAGGCAUUAUUCACUCAAUUACACUGUCUGGUCUUUCGAGCUUUUCAUACCCAGCGGACGGACCAGACAGUGUAAUUGUGAGAAAUUGCGUAAUUUUAGUUAUCGAGUGUUCGGUAUCAAUAUCGCCAACGGUUCCAGAAAUUCCAAUUUACUACGUUCAUUCAUAUAUAUGUGUAAAUAACUGGAAUUUCUACUUGAUUUCAAAGCACUAUUUCAAAAUAUGGAUUCCGUGUUAUGAACUGAUAAUAAAAUAAACAUUCCAGUAAAUAAAACGAAUGUUAUUUACUGAUUAUAAGCUGAAAUUUCUUUAUAUUCAAGAUGUAAACUGAAAUUCAAUAACUAUUUGAAUAUGGAUUAUUAAAGUAUAACAUUUACAUAUUUUUAUUGGUGAAUCAUUUUGCUAUAAUAAUUUUUGAAAUGUUUAUAAGUUUAAAUUACAAAUAAUGUCACUGUGGUAUCCACACUGUUAAGUUGGAAUUUCUGGAAUCGUUGGAGAUUCCAUACUGAACACACUGUUUACACUACAAUUACAAUUGCGUUUCGAUAAUCGUCUUCAGAGAGUGAAGGUAAACUUAAACCUAAUAACUUUACUGAUAGGGACAAAGGGUCAAUUCUGUACAGCCCAUUCUAUAGUUUAGUAGUAUAAAUGUGCAGAUUUCCGCCAAAGAGGUUUUCUCGCUGGAAUUAAUUUUCGCGGGAGGCUUGCUGGUGGGAAAAUUCAGUUUAAAACAGGUAAGUCAAGUAAUUAGUUUUUAGUUUACCUUCAGUUUCUGAAGACGAUAACUUGGUUAUCGAAACGCGCAUCAGACCGUGUAAUUGUGAGUGUUGAUGUAAUGUGUUCAGUAUGUAUCCACACUGUGUAUUGGUCUAAUAGCCAUUUCGUCUUAUAUAUCAUUUAGAGGCUCAAAAAUAUGGUAUCUGUCAAUUCCCACUAAUGAAAAAGCUAAUGGAAAUUUUAAUAAAAUUGGUUCUUAUAUAUAAUUAGUUGUUUUAUUGUGUUGUACAAUAAAUAUUUAAAAUUGAACAUUUUUUAAAGCGGAAACUAUUCAAUAAUGAUGAAAUAAUAUUGUAUAGUGUCUAUAACUAUAAUUUUUCACCAUUGAGAAACUAGUGAACAAAACUCAUGGAUACAAUUGAAAAAUAAACGUUUCGUCAUUGAAAGUGGAAAUUGAUUUUCACAUUUGGUAUUUAGUGGAAUAAUGGUAAUGACUAUAUAAAUUCAUGGCAAUAUUUGUACGUUUUCCUCUCACUCAAAAUUUAUUUAUCAGUUGAAAAAUUCUAAGUUCCAUAUCAAAUUGAACAUUUUAGGCUCAACGUUGUAGAGUUCAAAUAAAAGCUUUGUAUAUAAAAGUUUUAUAUAUUUUUAAAAGUUAACUUAUAUUUCAAUUAAAAUAAAAUAAAAUUUUUUUACGUGCACAAAUUUUUAUUAAAAUUAUUUGGCAGUAGCUGUACAACACUCUUGUAAAACACAAAAUUAUUAAAUGUAAAUUAGUAUUGCAAAAACGGGCUACAAGUUUCAAAUAUUUUGGCCCUUUUAUCAUUUUUAUCACGGUUAUUCUAAAAUAUACAAUUUUAAUAUAUUUUGUGUUAGAAAAUUAAAUAAAUUUGAACAAAUGAUAUGUGGUGGUCGUUUGUGUGUAUUGUUUGAUGAAAGAUUUUGUAACAUUUGUAGAAAUCAGUAAUAAAUACAUUUAAGGUGCUUACGACGUCUAAGUAAGGAUAAAACUAGACCAAGAAACAAAUUUUUUGAAAAUAUUGAUUAUAUUUGUUACCAAAAUUUUAAAUUCAUUAAUCCAAUGGAAAAAAAAGAUCAAAUAAUUGAAUUUUUAUCCUAAAUGCUCAAAAUAUACCGUUUUGUUUACCAACUCCAAUUACCAGAGUUUUCAUUUGUUUUUAUCUUAAUGUUUUGAAGACUUUAGAUUUAGAAUAGUUAUUUAUGUGCUUAUUUAGUUAUACAGAAUAGGGUGGUUCGAAAAAAUUCCAUUACCAUUCAAAAGUUGCAGCUUGUUACGUAAUUAUCAUCUUUAAUACGCUCAUGUAGCUUUAAGUAGAAAAGAAGAUUGAAAUUGAAAAAAAAAUUAAAUUUGCCUAAAAUAUAUAUCUACGCCUUUUUUUCUGUCCAAUUGCAAUAGAACUACAAUAUGUAAUGGGUGUUCGAUAAAAAAUAAUCGUUUUAUGUUUUUUAUAUUAUCCUUAGGCCUGAAAUAGUGCAAAAUCAGCCAUCAAUUUGAUAUUUCAACUAAAUUUUAUAGAUAAACUAAAAUUUAAUUUGAAAUACCUUGGCAUGGUCAAAAUGUUGUUCUUCAUACCUUUUUUAUCGUGACCGGAUUGUUGAAUAUGUUUUUCUUUCUAAUUAAAAGAUAGUAAAUUUGUGUGCAGCUCUUAGCUCGUUUCAAAAAAUGACUACCCUGAACUCACUACGAGGAGGUAGCUGCACUUCGAGUUCUACCCUGCCCAUCCAAUUGUAGGGAGGGUUUUGUAGUAUAUACACAAUGUACAUUUUACAUUUACAGUUUGAAAUAGUAUCUCAGUAAUUAGAACUUGAAGGUGAAUUCUAAUCAUGAGGCAUUGGUUUGGAUUACCUUUUGAAGUUGAACGAUGGCAUAACUGAUCUUGAGAGCAAUGAUGAUUUUAUGAAACCAUCUUGUAGUUCCUUCCCCGAAACCUUUGUACAAAACUGUGUUACCAGUUUCACUAUUCUUACCGCACUUUGUGUAUUGCAAGGAAAUUUCAUCAGCUCUAACUCAGGCUAAACUUUGUUACAAAUUAGUUGUUCUAAACUCUUAUUUGACACACUGUUCAAUGCUAGAGGAGGUGAAAGUUUGCACUGAGACCAGUCAAUAAAGUUCAAUAUAAUCUGAAGCAGCAAAAUUUAUGUGACAAGCAUCUUAAGUUCCUCGGAAGGUGUCAAUUCGGAUAUUUAUAACCUAUUUGCACAAGUCAAUCACCUAGAGAAACUAAGGGACCAGGAUCUUUAACAGCGACAUCUGAAGGACACUCUCCUGUUUUCACUGCUUGAUAAAGGUCGAAAAGUAUUGUUGGUCCUUACUUAAGUCAGUUUUGGAUACGGUAAUAUCUUCACCUGUGAUCAUUUCAAAAUCAGCAUCUAAACGUUUUUCACAGUCCACCAAAAGUUUGCCAAUUUUUCCUGAGAAGCUUGUUGGCCCAUCUACACUUUCAAACACAUGUCUUGAAGGAAGUUCAUUGGUGUGAAGAAAGCCAAUGAACCAUUGUAUUGGGGGGCCAUGUUUAAUCUCGAGAUUGCGUAUAACACUAUUUAAAACAUAUUUAGGAAUUGUUGGCAAACUAAAUAAAGACGUUUAAAAAAAUUAGAACAUUAAUAUUUUGAAGAACAUAUGUUACAGAAUGUUUUCUUAUUACCAUUGGACAAACAAAAAUUUAGAAAUGAAUUUUAAGCAAUUUAAAUUUUUAAUUUAAUUUUUUUGUUCAAACUUUAAGCUACAUGCGCGAAUUAAAGAUGAUAAUUUAGAUUAUUUUUACCGAAGUCUACGUAAAAAACUGUACCUUUUGAAUAAUAAUGGGAUUUUAAAACCCCAAAAUAUUUUUUUCGAACCAUCCUACUCCAGAAUUAUGUACUGAUAGUAAGAUCAGAAAUAAUGCUUUACGUAUACUUUGUUUUAAAAAAGUGAAUUGAAACUUUUUUCUCCAAAUCAAACGAUUUUGAUCAUUUUAGGAUAAAUUUGGAGGAUUAUAAAGGGUUGUUAAUCACUUCUAGAAAUUAUCUUUAGAUUUAGCAAUAAAACAUUCUGUUAUAUUCCCAGAUUUUGAUUUAUUUAAAUUGGAAAGUAUUUGUAUUUUACUAUAAUAGAAAAUGUGAUAAAAUUCUCCAAAUUUACCCUGAAUUAGUAUGAGAUAGGUAGGUGGUGACAUGAAAUCAAUUAUCAUAGUUUUCCAUGUGCCCAAAAUUUAAAUUUAUAAUUAAAAUAUUUUUUUCAUAUUACGUAUGUACAUAAUUCUGGACCACCUUCUAACUUUAAAUGCGCUAAAUUUUAUAAUGUUGUAUCUAAAAACGGUUUAAAACGAAUUUUAUGUUACUAGGGUGGGUCAAAAAAUAUUUUUUUACAAGUCACAAGAAAAAAAUUGCUAGGCUACAAAAAUUUCAAGUAUGAGAUCUUCAUUUUAAUAGGAAUAUUUUCCACAUCGCAGUUUUUUAUUUUUUUCUUACUCAAGUAAAAAUUGGACAGAAAAAUAUUCUUGAAGAAUUUCUUGGAAAAUUAGUUAAACCUCACUAUUUUUUAUUCAUGAACUUUAUAAUUCGACAAUAAAUAAAUAUUAUGAAAUGUUUAAACUUAGAGUUCAUAGAAAAAUUUAAUUGAGUACCUACAAGCGAAUUGAUCGUUUGAUUUUCUCGGCUACAUUAGGGUGGGCUAAAAAAACUUUUUAAGCUACUACGAAAAUAUCUUUCGAGAUGACGAAAAAAAAAUUCUGGUAAAGUUUGAGCUUUUAAUAUCAUUAAUUAGUGUCUUAUCGUGAUUUUUGGUUUCCUAUUUAAAUUACAUAAUUUUUGUUCUGAAUAUUAAUGUAUUUCAACGAAUUAUUGUGUAGUAAAAAAAAAUAGAUAUUUUGUAGGAAAUUAAAUGACCUACAAAAAAGGUCUGAAAUAGUUUUUCGCUAAGUCAACUCGGUUAAAAGUUAUUUGCAGUUGAAGUUCAACCUAAAAUAAUAUAUGACUUUCACAAUCUUUUAUAAUGCCCUACAAAAAAAUGUAUUAAAAACAUAAAAAAACAUAUUUUUCGAGAUUUUUCUCAUUUUUACUUUUAACAAAUUUAUUUAUACAAACUUAUGUUAUAUUACCACGUUUCGAAUGAAAGCGUCGAAAACUGGUUUCAAAUAACAAAUUAAAAUCUUUACAGCGUUUCCGACUACAUUAAAAUCAGUUUAUAUAAGUUUUUCUCAAACAGUUUGGGAAGAAAAAAUUAGAAAUAUCACGAAAAAUAUGUUGCUUUAUUUUUUUUUGUAGAACAUUAAAUUUCCUACAAAAUUCUUCAAGAAUAUUUUUCUUUAUAAUAGAUUAAUGAUGAUGUAUUAAUUUUUUCUGAUGCGGAGGAUCAUUUUAUGAAAUUUACAAUUAAGGGCAUAUUUUGGUGAUAAUUUUUCUAAGGUGUCUAACAACCAAUUUUAUAUCAGUACAAAAUAUUUGAAUUUUUUAACUCACCCUAAUGUCUACAGAGCAUUUUUUGACAUUUCCAACUCCUAUUGCUAUUUUGAAAAUGACCAUUAGAAUUUUCAAAUAAUUAUAUAAAAGUUUUGUACUUACCUUUGUGUAAUUGUAAAGUUGUUACCAAUUUUGUUGCCACUUAUGUUAAGAUGGUUUCUUGUUGGUUGUAUAUUAUCAUAUUUUGGAUAUAUUUACAAAUUCAUCACUAGAUGUAUUAAUAAACAAUUCAUUUUUAAUUACUUCACAAAUUUCAUUUGUUUAUUAAAUUUUUAGUUAAUUAUUACAUAAACUUUAAUCUAGCGAAUCAUUUAUAAAGAAUAACUCGAAAAUCCAUAAAAUGGUUGUAGUUACUUUAAAUUUUUGAGGGUGAAACAAAUAAAUGAAAGAUGUAGAAAAAUUAGACCUUGGACGAAUCAAAACUUGCAGGAUUAUUGAAAAUUGGCUUCUAUUGAAUCAUUUAUGUCAAUUUAUUCAUUCCCAUUACUAAAUUAGCUGCCGAAAUUUAUAUUAUCUUCUAAUUCCAUUAAUUUAUCGCUGAAUUGCAAGUUAAACAAAUAGUCAAUAAAAUUGAUGACUCUUAUUAUGAUCACAACAGGUAGCUAUUUUUUUAUUUUUCCCAAAUAUUCACUAUUCCAAAUUUUGACAUUUCCAAAAUUGUCUUCCAAGAAUAUUUCGUUGUACAGUUUUUGUUCUAAAAAUUUUUUAUUAGGAUUGAAAUAUGAUUGCUAAAAUUCGACAGGUAUUUUAUGGUUUUCUCGAAUAUUAUCACAAUGUAAUAACCUGAUAUCAAACUUUGUAUCCAUUUGAUAAAAAAGUGAAGUGGAUUAACGAGGAGAAAUGGUGUUCACUUAAAAAUAUUAAAAAUCAAAAUUAAGAAACGUAACAAAGUCUUAAACUAUCGAGUAAUCAACAAUUUAACAAAAGCCUAUAUCUUUGACCUACUAGUAGUGGGGAAGCAUUAAAAAAAACAGGUUUGAGCGUCCCUAACUUUGGGUAAUGCCGCUCAGGGUUAGGGGUAAUCCCACCCAGAAUAAAUAGUGUGAGCCUACAGUCCGCAGAUGGUGUAGUGAUACCACAACUCGUUAUUUUUUUCGAAUUCCUCGCAAAUAAUACAUUUUUUAUAAUUUUCAUCGUCUACUUGCAUUUCAUCAUCUUCAUCUCCAAUCUCUCCACUUUCUCGUCAAAUUUUUUCUCUUCUAAGAUUUUUGUUUCUUCUUCUUUUCUAUAUCAACUUUCUUUGGUUUUGAUUUAUCAUCUUUACCGGUUUUCUUGAGUUUCGCCGUUUUUUUAUAAUCUUUGUCCUCUAAAAGGACUUUCAUAUAAGUCGCAGCUAAAAUUGUAGAAUGUUGUUUUCGCUUUCUUUGACCUGGCUUAGAAGUUGGUGCUAUAGUUGGUGUCGUUGCUAUAGAAGCCAAGGAUACCGUAGUUUUUUGAUUAUGAUCAAGUUCUUGGUUAUCCUUAUUUGAUGGACCUGCCAGAGGAGAUGUAUGUCCUGAAAUUAUGUCCAUACCAUCAUACAGCGCAACUUCAAAUUUCUGGACAUUUCGGUCUUGAUUUUCUAUAAUUACUUGUGCCAUCAGUGACGCUACCAGAAAAUCUUGAUCAGUAAAAAAUUCGGGUUCAAUCGGAAAAUUCCCGUAGCUCGAGAUCCUUCGAUCAAAAUUGUUUUUGAUAUUAUUGAGCUCAGCAUACUUCUAAACAAGUUUACGCAGAUCUGCGACAUUAAGUCUGUAGUAAAGCAAACCCAGCAACUCAACUUAUAGCUAUUUCAUUUUUUGCUGUUGGGUGAAAACAGGCUUACUACCUAGUCUUCGGUUGUUCGCUUUCAUUUUUUUAGUCGAUCUCUCAAGGUAUUAAAUGAAAUGUUAUAUUGUAUUAAAGCUUCUUUUGGACAUACGUCCUUCAAUCGCAGUUUUAGCAGACAGAAGGUUUCCUUCGGUCCAAGCUGCUUUCGCGGUGGUCCUUUGCCGAUUUCCUGGCAUAUCUACAACAAUAAAAUAAUGAGUCACUACGGGGUAAUGGCGUUCAGCUGAGCCGUCGUUUCGUAAAUAAUUUGAAAAUAAAAAAAACCAUAUACACUUAUUGAAAAUUGAUUUCAUUAUGACAAAAUUGGAUAGAUUUACUGUCUGAAAGUAAAACUAAUAACUAAAUAACAAUCAUAGUUCUUAACUUACAAACACCACGUAACCAAAAAUUAUAACAACUCGGCCGCAGUGAACGUCAUUCUCCAUCGUUACCGAUACUUAUAUUAUCCAGAUAGAUCACGAUCGGCUAAACACGUUUGAUUUUUUCAGUUAUAACACAGUUGGUGCAUUCCACUGAGCGUUCACGGCGCCUGAAAUACUAUUUUGGGCGUUCCACAAAGCGACUACGAUCGUUGUGGUCAUGAUUAACGUUCACGACGACCCUUGUCUAGAGAUGGGUCGAAGUGGGGGUUGAAAGAAUACGCGAAAUUUUCAAAAUUUAAGCAACGCAGAUUGCAACCAUGAGAAUCUGUAUAAGUAUUUCAUGCGGUAUUGGAUAUUAAAAGAACUUUUGAGGCAUUCUAGUAACGCACCGCCAAAUAUUUUAAUGUUAAUCGGUUAAGCAGUUCACUAAGAAAUUCAAUAACUUACAAAUUACAACAUAACCUCUUAAAGCUUUCGCCUCAUUUUUCUAUUUUGCCAUUCGUGUGGAAGUGGAACGGGAAAGAUGGUGGUCAUGAACGUUAUUGUCAUGAGUGCUUAGUGGAAUGCAACCAAACUGGGUUUGAACUAUGUAGUUGUACCAAAUCCGUAGCUACCAGAUUGAAAAGCAUUCACAAAUUCUUCUCAAUAAACAUCGUUUUCCAACCAAUGGACAAGCUAAACUACAUGUGUAUCCUGAUUAUAUCCUGAAAUCUAAUGCGAGUAUGAGAUGGGGUGGGAAAAAUAUAUGGGCCAUACCAGCGUAUACUGCUCGAAUAUUCGCACUCUCGAUAACAGACCUAGACAUAUCAAACCCCAAUUCAGCAAUUUAAAGGAAUCCGAUGAGUAUCUCUAAAUAAAAGAGGGCAACAAAAUCCGUAAUAAGACAAAAAUAUCGUCAGAACCUGACACAUCUGAAGGAAAUAACCAACUAAUUUUCGGAUCUAAUUUCCCGAUUUAUCAAAAUCAAAAUUUAUAUUAUGCAUUCGGUGCAGGAUGAAAUCCUUUUAUAGAUGAUUCCACUCUGCCCUAUUCUAUUCACUAUUCCACAAUUAUGAAUUUGAAAGUCCCAUAUUUCCAGUGACAUUGUGGCCUCUUGCUCCAUCUUAUUAUAUCUCAGUAUCCAAAAUAAAAUUUUUGGUGGUUAGUCUGUUACUAUUCUGGCAAGGUUGUUAAAUCAUUUUCAUUUUAGCUUCUGCGUAUUAUAAACGUAACUUUGGUUUGCUCUCUAAUUAUUGUGCUUUCUCUACUAAUUUUUUCCACCAGGAAAAGUAUGGCAGGUCAUUAGCCCCACUUAUUUUGGUGAAAAAUUUGCAAUUAUAGCGAAACUUUUUUGUUUUUGUGUUUGAGUGACCAAGGUUUCUUUUUAAAUGUACUAUUUUUCUACAGUUUAGUUUUUAGUUGAGAUUGUUUAAUAUUUUAUUGACCUACAAGUUGAAAUAAAAUCAAGAGAAAAUCUAGGUCGUGUUACAGUUUACUUAGACAUUACUAAAAAAACUUGUACAAUGUAUAUAUAAAUGUGUAUUUUUAAUUGAUAUCGUUAAAUUAUUUCUAUAAUGAUGAAAUGAUGAAUUUUUAUUUCUAUUGGAAUAAAUUUUUCUUUUGUCACUAAGAAAGCAGUAUAAAAAUUUUACAGCUGGAUAUAUUUUCAUCUUUUUUAUUUAUGCCCUGAUUCAUUAUGUAAUGUUAUCAAUAAACUCAUAAGUAUA